UGUGCUUCAACCUCAUUCUUGAAUAGAAUAAAUCUUGAAGUCAUCACACAUCAAAGAUACCCCUGCAUUUUACACAUUUUUAGUAUAUUGACGGGUAUCUCUUGAUAUUAAGUUAACUAAGCGAUAAAGCUGACGACAGUUCCUUGCAUCAGAGGGAAGUUAAAGAUUCAAGCCAAGGUAUUUCCACCUUAGUUAAAUAAAGAAAGGGUUGAAAAGGGAAUGGAUCAGUUGCUUCAAAUCAAGAACUCUAGAUUAAAAGGAGAAUCUUGAAAAGGCACAGACAUUACAUACUCUUGAAGCAACACAUAUAUCCUUAUAUACAUAUAAAGAAACAAAAAUAUUCAUAAACAAACAAGUGUGACUAAAGGCAGAGGGAGUUUUCAAGCCAUGGAAGAAAUGGUGGUGGAAGCUCUCCUCUUUGGUGAUAGACAAGCACAGCUCCUUGCUGCAAGACAACUUGGUCAAUUUUCCAGCAAGCAAAGGCACAAGAUCGUCGAAAAAGGCAUAGUUCCUCCAUUGAUUUUGAUGCUGAGUACUAAUGAUUAUGAAGUCAUUGAAGCUGCACUUUUUGCUCUGCUUAGUAUAGCUUUUCGCAGUGAAAGGAACAAGAUACUCAUAGCAAAAUCAGGGGCUAUACCAGUGUUAUUAGAUGUGCUUCAAUGCGAAAACGAGUUGUUAGUUGAGUUAGGAGUGGCAGCUCUCUUGACCCUCUCUUCUUGUGCUUCAAACAAGUUGGAAAUUGCUGCAUCUGGGACUAUCCCACUUCUACUUGAAUUGUUAAAUUCACAAGCCUACAACAGCAUGAGCUUGCAGGCUAAUUUGGACAUCUUGUCUAUACUUCACAAUCUUUCAACUUGCCAUCAGCUCAUCCCUUCUAUUGUUUCAUCUGGUGGGGUAGCUACCCUGCUUGGAUUAAUUAGCCUGGCGUCGGAAACGAAAACAGAAGGAGAAGUGAUUGUGGAGAAAGCCAUGGUAUUGCUAGAGAAUAUUGUUUCUUUAUCAAGAAUUGGACUAGAGGAAGCUGCAGGAACAGAUGGAGCAAUUCAGUGUUUGGUUGAGGCCAUGGAGGAAGGUUCAAGACAAUGUAAAGAAGAUGCAGUGGCAAUUUUACUCCUAAUAUGUGAGAGCUGCAGAGAGAGAUACAGAGGGAUGAUAUUGAGGGAAGGAGCUAUGGCAGAACUGCUUCAGUUGAGUGUGGAUGGGACAAGGAGAGCCAGAGACAAUGCUAAAAGACUGCUUUUGCUUUUGAGAGACCGUUCUCAUUGCAGCCCAAAGAAUAAACAGCCAAAGAAUAUUCUGCUAUUGGAACAUGUUAUGAGACAAAUUGAGCAAGGAGUUGGAGAGAGAGCAGGGAUGUCAGUUGCUCUCUUGGAGGAAAUGAUUUCAAAACUUAGAACAUGACAUUUUCAUGUGCUAGAUGUUCGAGUUGUGCUGAUAAUUGCAGUAAACUUCAUUUGCUUUCUGAGUUUUGGAAGGGGUACAUGACCAAUGUUGUAUGAUUAUUAUAUCAUAUAUCUGCACAUAAACUUGGGAUUUA